CAUGAUUGCAUCAGAAUGCGUGGCUGAGCUGUUCAAAGACCUCUUUCAAGGAAGUGACAUUACUACUGUUUCUACACCAAGCGCCGAGCACUGCCAAGUCAUCUGCACCCUUCACCCAAGGUGUUUGCUUUUCACAUUUAUGGCUGAGUCAUCAGCUAAAGAUCCUACCAGGAUUACUUGCAUCCUAAAAGACAGCGUUAGAGAAAUGCUGCUGAGGGUAGACAUGACAGGAGCCAUUUCUGGACAUUCUUUCAAGCAAUGCCCACACCACAUACGUGCCUGUGACACAGAAGUUGAUGAGGGCCUGGACAUGGAGAGCGUGAAGUAUGAUAGCUCUGUCACCAGGGAUGCAGAGGAGCUCCAAGGCAGAUGCACAGAUGAUGUCCACUGUCACUUUGUCACCUAGGCAAGGCAGUUUCCAAGCCCAGACCACCAUAACAUCUGUCUUUUGAAGAAUACCCAAACGGGGACACCAACCAGAAUAAUGAAGCUCAGUGAAGUGGUGUCUAGAUUUUCACUGAAAUCCUGUGUACUUUCUCACCUGGCUUGUAUUCGGGACAUUUUCCCCAGUAGGUUUGCAGACAGUAACAUCGACAGUGUCAUGGCUCUCGAUGCCUUCGGCUGUCUCAGCAUUUGUACUCACCAUCCCAGUUGUUUGUUUCUUACCUUCUUUUCUCAAGAAUCACCAAAGGAAUCUGAAAGAUAAGGAGUUAUGAGUAAGACUCAUGUAAAUCUUUGUCUUCUUAAAACAUCUAAAAGCAGGUUACCAAGGACACCCACUAAAAAGAACAGAGCUAUUUCUGGUUUCAGUCCACAAAGCUGCAGGCACAGCAUCCCAGUGUUCUGCCACACUCCAUUUUACCAUGACACUGAUUUCUUGGGAGAAGAACUGGAUGCUAUUGAUGUAAGAGGACAUGGAGCCUGCCAGAGAAUGUGUACCGACACCAUCCGCUGCCAAAUUUUUCUUACCUAUUUUCCGCCUCAAGAAUCUGACCAUGGCCAAAACGGGGGUAAAUGUUACUUAAAAAUUUCUUCAAAUGGAUCUCCAACUAAAAUACUUCAUAGGACAGGAGGCAUCUCUGCAUAUACAUUAAGGUUAUGUAAGAUUGAUAAUGAAUGCACAACCAAAAUCAAGGUCAGCAUUGCUAGAGGAAUGGAGUCUACUCAGGGUGAGUGGCCCUGGCAGGUAACUCUGCACAUCUCUGCAUCCACCAGACACCUGUGUGGAGGCUCCAUCAUUGGGCCCCACUGGAUAUUAGGGGAGGAAGAAAGAAAAAUCAGCUUGUCAACAUUUUCAACUCAAUUCUCCACCUUCCCACUAGAUGUCACUUUUAACCUACAUUUCAAACCGCAGCAUCUAGACAGCAUUCACUUAAUUUAUAAUGUGAUUAAGCACAUUUCGAGAGCAGCUACUAUACACUCUCAGAAUGAAAAGGUGCUCUACUGCCUGAAGGAGCUCCCGAGUUAA